CCUCAGGAUCGACAUGUGAAUUCCACCUGAGAGACACAAUUGUCUGAGCCCACCGAGCUCUUGGUAGAGGGGGUGGAGGCGGUCUGACAUCACAAGGGGUAUUUAUGUAAACCGACUUGCAAAUGCUGGGUGCACACCACGAUAGAUAAACUGCUGAGCUGAGUUGUUUUACUACGUUGGGAAUUAUGCAGAACUAGCUCCUUUUUAUUUUUUUACAGAAUUGCAGCUAAAUGACAGAUAUUUUCAGAUACACUAGUGGAUUUAUAACAAAGCUAUAGGGACACUUGUCUAGAACUGCAAGUUAAUUUUAUUCUGAGCGAUGCAAGACCAGAAUAAACACACCUAACAGGGCAAAUUGCUGCUAUCUGAACUGGUUGAAUGAAGACGGAUUUACUUCUUAAACUGCAGCGUCAGUCUUAGCUCUGGUUUCAAAGGACCUGACAGAAUCCGAGAGCUUCAUCUUUGGUGCACACAAUUACUCUCUGUGUACGUAUAAUAUACAUCUGUGCAACUUAAAUAUGGAAAUGGGAUCACGAUAUCUCUUCGCCCUAAUCGUAGCAACAGUUUGCCAUCUGAAGUUAUGCCAAGCAAUCCAGUGGCUUGGCCUAGCAGUGAAUGGCAGUACACUCGCCUGGAAUCUGACGCAACACUGUCGACUUCUGGAUGGCCUGCUCCCUGACCAGCAGCUUCUGUGCCGGAGAAAUUUAGAGCUGAUGCCCAGCAUUGUGCUUGCAGCAAAACAGACCAAACUGACAUGCCAAAAGGCCUUUUUUGACAUGAGAUGGAAUUGUUCAUCCAUUGAACUUGCUCCAAUCUUCUCGCCAGAUUUGGAGAAGGGGACUAGAGAAUCUGCCUUUGUGUAUGCACUGGCCUCUGCAGCUGUCAGUCAUUCCAUUGCACGGGCGUGUGCCUCUGGAGAGUUGCCAACCUGUUCUUGUGGGGCUAUUCCUGGUGAGGUGCCAGGGCCUGAUUUCAGGUGGGGUGGCUGUGGAGACAACCUCCGUUAUGGGUUACAAAUGGGAGGUGCUUUCGCUGAUGCUCCCAUGAAAUCCAGCAGAGCUGGUAAUCCAAUCACCAAGCUAAUGAACCUACACAACAAUGAAGUUGGUAGACAGGCUUUGAUUGAUGCCCUGGAGACCAAGUGUAAGUGUCAUGGUGUUUCUGGAUCCUGUUCUGUGAAAACUUGUUGGAAGGGACUGCAGGAACUACGAGAUGUAGCCAUGGAGCUCAAGUCCAAGUAUUUGGCUGCAACCCGUGUGACACCACGUCAUGUGGGUACCAGGAAACAACUAGUACCAAGAGAACUAGAUAUUCGACCAGUGCGAGAAACAGAACUUGUAUACCUAAUAAGCUCACCUGACUAUUGUACCAGAAAUGAGAAACGAGGUUCAUAUGGCACACAAGACAGACAGUGCAACAAGACAUCUGUGGGCAGUGACAGUUGUAAUCUAAUGUGCUGUGGCCGUGGGUACAAUGCCUACACUGAAAAGGUUAUCGAGCGGUGUCAGUGCAAAUACCACUGGUGCUGCUAUGUUACUUGCAAAAAGUGUGAAAGGACAGUAGAGAGAUAUGUAUGCAAGUAAAUGCCACGGACUUCAGAAUAGUUGGAAAUAGCUAUAUAAAAAAAAAUAUAUAUAUAUUUUUAAUGAGCCGUAUCAAAGCACUAUUUACUUCACCAAAGAAGAACACAUCUGUAUUUUUUGGGGGGUAGGGGAGCUAAAUGUGGGAAAAGGAAUUCUCAGAAAAAAGCCAUUCAGCAAAACUGAAGCUACAAUAAAUAACAUAACCUCCCACUCCCACCUGAAGACAUUUGGCAGUUAGUGAGUGACACUACAACUGACCUCUUUAAUAGUGCCCGGGGGGUUACAGUUCUCAGCCUUCUACUAACUGCAAUGCACUGCACUGUAGAUAAAGUGCUCUGUUGUUCUACAUACUGCAAGCUUUCUUUUUUCUCCUUCAAAAGCUGUUUGAGGUGUUGGCCUUUUUGUUGCAAGAUUGGUUGAGGUAAAAAUAUAACAGAUGGGUGAAAGGGUGGACAUUGAGAACAGACCUGGAUAGAAAGAGUAGUCAUCAAUCUGGGAUUGAAUGGAAGAUCAGUGAAAGGAAAAGAAUGACCUCUUGGACUCUUUGCUGAAAAGGCUUCGACUUUAUCCAGAAAAUGCAUUAAUCCCCUUUUGUUAGCAUAGGAUCUGUUUUCUCAAGAAUGGACCCCUUUUAACUUCAGCUCCCACCCCUUACCCUUCUUUCGUGUUAUACCUUACUCAGUCUGCACACAUACCAUAUCCUUUCACAACAAAAGAGUGCAUCAUUGUCAUAAGGUCGGGGCUCUGGAAUUUUCCUUGGACCACUGAAAUGACUGACAGACUUGUAUCUGGACAUAAUUAAAAGACAAAAAAAAAAAAAGAAAAACACAAAAAAAGCGUGUAUCUGUUAAGUCUUCUGCAGUAUCUUAGUAGACCUUCCCUUUCUCUUUCAGUUAAUAGUUUUUGUUAACCUGAUAACAUUUGAAGCCAGUAAAAAUCUCUGUUAACUUUGUUUGAAAUGAAAAGUAGCGAACCUUAAAUGUACAUAUUUUCUUAGUACUGCCAAACCAGUUCAAACCAAUUAAUUGCUCUGCAAUUUGGCUUUUGUUAUGUACUUGUACUGUAUCUGCUAUGAGGAGAUUUGUGAAGAGAAAGCUGGUAGUGGUCUGUGACUGAUUAGAAGGUCCAUGAGUUUUAUCAUUUUCAUAACACUUCAACUCCUUGCGGAUUAGCUCAGCUAAAGUGCAUUUGCAGAAUUCAUGCAUUCAUUCAAAGGGGAUGCAUUUUUAAGGUAAUGUCAAAAACUGCAGGGAUCAAUGUUGUUUGGGGACAUCAGUUAUUUUGAUAAAGAAGAGGAGUUUAAUGUUUCGUUAUUCUUCAGACCAACUCAAAGUUGCUGUGUAGCUACUAUCCUAAAAUACAAGAUGCACUUCCUGUUGUAGAAACAGAAAUAAAGAUGGUGAUAAUAAAUGUGGGCUGAUUAACUCACAAACCUAUUGCCAUUUCUACAUUUUCCCAAAGAAACUGGGAUAUGCUUCCUUCCCCCUUCUGAUCUAAAAAGAAGAAAUGGCCCUGUGUUGUUUUGCAUGCACACACGCACACACACACGCACACACACACA